GUAGGGGACCUCGGCAGCCGCGCGAGAUGACUUCACUCCAUGCGUUCGGCAUCGCGCAAGCCCCAGCACGACCCCUUCAACACCAACUCAUGUUCUGGGACCGACUUCGCUGUUGACUUACCCACGGACGGGUGCGACUGCGAAGAUGAUCAAAGAAGCGACGCAGAAUGCUGCCGAGGUGCUGUCGCAGCCCACCAAGUGGCUGGGCAUGUACUCUGACUUCAUCACUAAGAACAGCAGCGCUGUAACACAGAUCGAAUCGGCGCUGCGAUCAUUAACAUACAUUAUCCCUGGACGCUACAGAGAAUCAGAGAUAGCUUCCGAAUCACUACACUGCGGCGUACAAUGCCUUUCGUUAUAUCAUGACACUCUUCUCGCAAAGGCAAUGGCGCAAAUGCCUGGGACGCGUCGACAUGUGCUCACCCCACACCACCGCUACACUAAGUUCUGGACUGAGAAGUCGCCGACAUACAAGCGCAUCGCUACGGUACUCCAGAUGAUCCAAUAUACCGAGUUGCUGUGGGAGAUGGCGGCGAAGAGGAAGGGCGAGAAGAUGCGAUGGCGUGUGGUCGUGCUCCUAGAGAUCAUCAAGGCAGUCUGCCGCUUGCUUCUGCUACGGCUGACAAACUCGAGGCCGCUACUAUCUCCACCAUUGCCGCAAAGAGAGAUUGAUCCCAGUUCACUCGAGGACUCAUCAGCGUCUGCCGAUGGCAUGGAUACCCCACCAAGCGAGCGCUCGGUGGAAGCAGAGAAUUGGACGAUGCCUAGGACGGGCCUCUCAAUGCCCAGUCUCCCUGAUACAUCAGACAUAUCAAGCUACCUCCUGUCCAAGGUCCUUACUGCCGACGAUAUCAAGCCACCAAAGGCUCUGCUCCAUCGUGUCAGUGGCAAGGGCGAGCUGGCAGAGGCGCUGUACAUCCUGCGGCCAGUUGCAUAUGCGUUAGCCAUGCAGCACUUCAGCGGCGACAGGAAGAGCUGGCGACCAUGGCUAAUCGGAGUGAGCAUCGAGUAUGGCGCCAGACAACUUGCGAAGAAAGACUUCCAGGAACGUCUUGCUGGUGGUCUACGGGGUCUGACUGGACUCGAGAGGGAUGAGCUGAAGAAGCGUGCUUGGGCGCUCGGCUGGUGGACAAUGCGCGGUGCAUUUUAUGAAAACAUCACGAAAUCCUGGAUACACGCGAUCACUCGGAAACUGAAGAGCAAGCCCCUGCUUGACAUCGCUGGCGGUGUUAUUGAGGACUACGAGUUUUUGUGGGACCAAUACUACUUUUCAACAACAACCUUGUAACAACACAGCUCCGUUUUGUUUUGACUAGCACGAAGAACUUCUUAGAUACCAGCUACUUUGCAUGCUUUGACACUCUAAUGACACGACUUACAAGCUGA